AUGCCUGCAUCGCCCACUGCGCUGCUAGUUGGCCUCAAUCUCAUGGGUGUGCUCUUCAACACCCUGCUGUACGGCCUCGUCCUUGGCCAGUUCCUGACAUACUUCAAUGGCUCCUCGCGAACAAAGGACCCGGCGUGGAUUCGGGCAAUCGUCUGGAUGCUGCUCAUACUCGAUACCAUCCACAGUGGGGUCGAGUUUUACGCCGUAUGGGACGUGGCCGUGACCAACUACGGCGAUCUUGCGAGCUUCGCCAUUGUUAACUGGGUCAUCCCUUUCACUGCGACUGCCGAUGCUGUCGCUGCGCUGUUGACACAGGCGUUCCUUCUCUACAGGGUCCACUCUUUAACCCGCAACGUCGCCCUGGUGGCUUUCCUCGGCACCACAUCGGUGCUCAGUUUUGCAUUCGGAUGCACCGCAGGGAUAUACUCCGGCAUUCUUGGGACCGUCGAAAAGUUCCCGCCGCUCGUGAAAUGGGUAAUCUUGUGGCUCUCGUUCCAGUCGGUUUCCGACCUCGGCAUCUCUGGUGCGCUAAUCUUCUCGCUCAUUCGCUCGCGCACAGGCUUCCGCAAGACCGAUGCGAUGAUCAACCGACUGAUCUACGGCGCGAUCGAGACGGGCGUCUUUGCCUCGGUGUUCGCGAUGGGCGACCUCUUCUCGUUCACGUUCUUCCGCCAGUCGAAUCUCUACCUCACGUUUGCGUACCCCAUUGGGCGGAUAUACACAAACACGCUCCUACAUGUCUUGAACUCCCGCGACUCCAUACGGAUGACCGGCGGGAUGGCGACCGCCAUUUCGCUCGGCGAGGUACUGACAGAGGGCCACACCCGCGGCCGUAGCGCGGCAACGACACCUUCGGAUACACUGUCCAACAAGCAGAGCAUCGUGUUCCGCCAGCAGAACAACGGCCACGGGCAUGACCACGACACGAGCUUCGUGGACCUCGACGACGACGCAAGCCAGAUGGCAGGCCCGAAGGAGUCGAUGGAGCGCGAUCGCAAGUCGCGUAUCAUGGUCGCCGUGGAGGAGUCGGUGCAUGUUGUGUAG